AUGGUCGAGUCAUUCCAAAAGGACAACGUGCCAUCGGCCCAAGUAGCGCGGCAGUGGAAGAACCUGUAUGACCUCGGAAAGUCUCAGAACCCCCCCGCUCGCAGCCGCCGUGGGCUCUGCUUUCUUAGCGCGCUCUUCUCUGCGGCUGCGGCUCUCUGUAUCAGUAUUGUGCCGUACACCUUGGUGGUGAUGAAAAAGACGAAUGAUGCGCUUGCGAUGAAGGGCAGUUCUAAGUCUGAAUCCGACUCCGAUCUCGUGGGCUUGCUUCAGAGAUGGGGCACCCUGAAUCAGCUUCGGGGCGUUUUCCCCACAGCUGCCGCUAUCUGCGGGCUGGUCGCCGCUUUCCUGUGA